AUGGCACCCCCACCUAAAAAAGAUGCAUUUGCCGAUUUAUUUCAAUCGGCGAAUUCGGGAUCAAACGGUUCACUUAACGAUAAGAAUCUCAGUCUCUUAGAAAGACAAAGAAAACAACAGAGUCCGGCUGUAAACAAGUCAAAUUAUUCGCAAAAUAGCUUUUCGAAUUUGGAUAUAUUUGGUGGGAGUCCAGCGAGCAAUUCGAGUGUAGGAUCGGUCAAUCAAUCGAGAUCAUCGACACCAAAUCAGUCGAAUGACCCGUUUUCGAUCUUUGAGAAACCCCAGGCCACGGAGCCAAUUAGGGCCGGCAGACCAUCGGCGCCAGUGCCAGAGACGACGAAUAGUAUAUCCAAUACGGUAAUAGGUGGAAAAAACAAGCAUGAGGUGUCAUUGUUGGACGAUGAGUUUACUGAUGCAUUCACGCCGGAGCCAGAGACUGCAGAGCAACUCACCGACACCAAAAGAGGUUCGAAAUCAGAAACUGGGACUAGACCUAGUGUAAACAACGGAGCCAAGCUGACAGAACAGGUGUCUGGCUCGAGGAUGCAAGAUAGACCUAGUUCCAGGACAAGUUCUAGGACACUGGCUAGAUCGACCGAAUCCGAAUACAGACAGUCCAAACCCAAAUCUUCUACUGAUGCCAGAGAUACAACGCUAGCGGAGCUUGUGGACAUUGGAUUCUCGAUUGAACAAUCGAACGAAGCUAUUGAUGAGGUAGGCCUCGAUCUUCAAACCUGUGUCAAUUUUAUAAUGGGUGGAGGAAAAAAGAAGACGAAGAAGAAGGAAGCAACUAAUAGACCAAUCCACGAUGAUAGAGACUUGAGUAACGAUCUUGGCGCUAAAAUAAACGACUUUUCAUCAGAUUUCUUUAAUAAGGCAUCUUUAUUUAUAAAUAAUUCAAGAAACACAGUGAUGAAGAACAUCGAACAGUUUCAACACCAUUCAAAAUCGGACCAGAAUGACGGAGAAAGCUCAUUACCGGCAUGGAUGAAAUCUCAGCAUAUGUAUAAAGAGGAUGCGGCGGAAAGAAAGGCAAAUGGAGGUGUAUCGGAAAACUAUGGGUCGGAUGAAGAGAAUAUCGACCACGAGGCUAUUAAUGAAUUCAUUACGUCGCAAAAACUAAAGGAUAAGGAAAAACAAAGGGCUCGCUACGAGCAUCUCAAGGGGCUUGCAAAGAAUCAGAUAAGUGGAUCCUCUAAUACUUCGAAUUCACAACUGGGUAGAUCAUCGCCAAUAAAACAUCCUGACUUACCACAGAGGCCAUCACUGCAACCUCAAAGUGGUCCACCUCGUAAUGAACAAAAGCGUCAAACUACCAGUAUUCAACCAAAAGCCAAGCAACCAAGCCAACCAGUUGUGAAUGAAGUUGAUUUACUAGGUAUGAACCAUAAAUCAAGCCACAUUAAGAGUCAAGGCAAAUCGUCUGGUGGGAGAAUUGAGCAUACAUUUGUCCUGACUCCAUUGAACCAGUUCCACGCUUCAGAUUACGAGACCUCCAAGGAUAAGGCUACCGAGCUGUUCAGGGUAGGUGAUUAUGAUACGGCGCACGUAGCUUAUACAAAAUGUUUAGAGUCGUUGCCAGAAAAGCAUGAGUUGAGACUAGUUAUCAAUUCAAAUUUGGCUUUGACGUUGAUUAAGACUGGAAACUAUAAGCAAGCCAAAACGUGUUGCGAUGAAGCGCUUCAAUUGGUAACGGAAGACGAUUUACAAGACUAUGCAUAUUUGAUCAAUGAAAAGACGAUCAAGUCUUGGUACAUUAAAUUACUUUCAAGGAAGGCUGAGAGUUUAGAAAUGUUAGAAUCAUUCCCGGAAGCAUUAGAAAGCUAUAUGGAAUUAAUCUCCAAAUAUGGAGUGACAGACAAAAAAAUUAUGGACGGUAGAAGACGGGUCAAUCAUAUUGUGAACCCACCAAAACCUAAGCCAAGAACGGCCAGUCCAGAAAAGGCUCCAUCUAAAGCAAAGACAACCACACAAACGGAAAGCACUGACAACUUGCGUCGUAUACAAAAACAACACGAAGAUACUAAGAAGCAAGAGGAAAUGAAGUUCAAUCUUCACGACGAUAUCCAAGCACGUAUUUUCUCAUGGAGUAAUGGUAAAGAGGAUAAUAUCCGGACCUUGCUUAUGUCGUUGGACGAUAUCAUUCCUUCAAAAUUAGGACUUCCUUUUGCCACGACUAAAAAGUUGACCAUUAACGAUUUAAUGUUACCCAAAAAGGUUAAGAUAAACUACAUGAAGGUUAUUAGUUCGAUCCAUCCCGACAAGUUAAUUAACUUAGAGUUGGAAGAUAAAAUGGUCUGCGAGGCCGUCUUCAUCACCUUGAACAAGGCAUGGGAUAUCUUUAAGGAACAGAACGGGAUGAACUAA